AUAAAGUUGCUUCAGUUUAUUAAAUAAUUUAAUAAUGAGAGAUUUGAUAUCAAAUGUUGGAACUGAUUAUUUGGUUUUUGCUGUUUCUGGAAUAUUAGUAUUGGUAGUAACAUUAAUCUACAUAUGGUGGAAUGAUGGAAACACAAGUAGUUUGACAUGUCCUGGUUUAAAGUCAAGUGAUCCCGUAUUGGGAAAUCUUGGCUCUCUAACAUUUGAUGGUGGAAUUCACAAGUUUCUUGUUGAAAACCAUAAAAGGCUUGGUCCAAUGUUCAGCUUUUAUUGGGGCAAAGAACUGGCUGUUAGUCUAGCUUGUCCAAUUCUUUUUAAGGAGGUUGCCACUCUAUUUAAUCGACCAGUAAAUCAAUUUAAAUUAUUUCUUCCAUUGAUUGGAAAAGAAUGUGUUCAAUAUGCCAAUGAAGAUCGUGGUAAAAAGUUGCGCCAAAUAAAUGAUCGACAUUUCAGUCAUUCAUCAAUUAAAAGUUAUUUUAAAGAAUUCAAACAAGUUGGUGCGGAGCUUUGCUCCAAAUGGUCAUCAAGCGAAAAUACACGCAUUCCACUAAAUCAGAAUAUGUUAUCAAUUGCUUUUAAAACAAUUGUCAAAACAUCAUUUGGACCAGACUAUUUUAAAACAAACGAAGAAAUAACAGAGAUGCAAGCUUUAAAAGAUUUUUGCUUUGCUGAAAUGGAUAAACAUUUACGGGGAGAUUAUCCUGAGGUCAACAGUAAAAGAGAAAACGAUUUUAAAGCAGCUGUCAAAAAAUUUAAAGACAAAGUAAGAACAAUGAUCAAUCAUCGAAGAUCACAGAAAAUUAAAUCAUACACUAACUUUCUUGAUGUAAUGUUGGAAGAUGAUACUGUAUACACAAAUGACGAGCAAAUCUUGGACAAUGUCAUUGUAUACAUGAUUGGUGGUUAUCAUACAACUGGAAACUUAUUGACAUGGCUUGUUUAUUUCUUAUGUAAACAUCCAGAAGUGGAAUCUAAGGUAUACAAUGAGAUAAAAGAAUUUACAGAAGAAGAUCUAGAUAUGGAAUUACUUACAAAAUUUAGUUACACAAAGCAAGUUAUUGAUGAAGUUAUGAGAAUUGCUGUACUUGCUCCAUAUGCAGCUAGAUAUUCGGAUUAUGAUAUAAUCGUUGAUGGACAUCUAAUACCAAAAAAGACACCUAUCAUAUUAGCUUUGGGUACUGUUUUUCAAGAUGAAACUAUUUUUCCUGAACCUGACAGAUUUGACCCUGACCGUUUUAGUGAUAAACAAAUUGAAGAACGUUCAGCGUUAGCUUUUCAGCCGUUUGGAUUUGCGGGAAAAAGAAAGUGUCCUGGAUAUAGAUUAGCAUAUGCUGAAACAUUGACGUACACAUUUUAUAUCAUCAAGAAUUUUCAUAUUUCGCUAUUCGAUAAGCAAUCUGUGAAAAUGCAUUAUGGUUUUGUCACAAAACCGUCUGAAGAAAUUUGGAUUAAAGUGUUACGACGUAAAAAUAUCUAGUUCUGCAUUUAUGUUAGUUUUAACUACUUUAUUUGAAAACGAACUUUUUUUUUUUUUUAAUUGUUAAUUAUAUUUUGAGAAAUUCUUUUGACUUUUUUAUGGCGAGUUGGGGCAUCUGCAGAAUAGAGUAAAUUAGUGGAGGAAAGAAUACAACUUGAUGGUUUUU